AUGUCUCUAGUUACCGUACAACGAUCGCCAAGUCCAAGCAAUUCACCAGAAUCGGAUGAUGGCGUGGAGGGAGAGGGGCCAGAUGAAUUGGAUGAUUCUAGUCUCAGAUCUCCAGGCAGACAAAGGAGGUCCAACUCAGCUAAGAAAAAGCUGAAAAAGUGUUACAACACUGUUCGUUUUAUCUCCAAAUUACAGCCAAGUUUCAGUGAGAGCUACUUUGCUGUGAAAGGAGCAGUGCUUAUCCUUCCCCAGAGUGAUGUUACAGAUCAGACAAACACACAUAAGAUAGUACGAGAGAGACAUGCAGGUGUUGGCACAGUUACUGGUGACAUACAGAGCCACCUUCAGUCCAUGUUCUACCUCCUUCGGUCGUAUGAUACGAUCAAAGUGGCCGUAAAAUUAGAGAGUCAACAUGAAGGACACAAUCGGUAUAUGGCUGUUGUGUCUUGCUUUGGUAAACAGGACACGGAGGAGUCGGUCAUCCUUGGCAUCGACUGUAACAAGGAGGCAACCAUAGGGCUGGUCCUACCUAUCUGGGCAGACACUAGUGUCAAACUCAAUGGCGAUGGAGGUUUUAUGGUGAGCUCAGAAGGCAAACAACAUAUCUUCAAACCUGUGUCUGUCCAAGCUAUGUGGUCGGCAUUACAGAGCCUUAACAAGAUGGUAAAGAUCUCCAGGGAUAACAUGUACAUUCCUCGUGGCCUUACUCACACCUGGAUUGGUUAUUACAAUUCCCGCAUCAGCUCUGAUCGUGCAUGUAUAUCAGAAUGGUUUACCUCAGAAGAACUGCAAAACUGGAGAUCCACCAAUAUCUUAUUCAUGGACCCAGGUGACACUCCUGAUGAUGUCCUACAGAAACAGAUUAAAACAGGGCUGAAGAACAUCAUGAUGACUGUGGACCUGGAUGAAGUCACAUCCAUAUUUUUACGAAAGGCUCUGGAAGAGCAUUUAAAGUGUUCCCUGACGAGCCACAAAAGAUUUGUGGAGCAAGAAAUGAUCACUAUCAUGGGACAGAUGGAUUCUCCAACCAUGAUCAAAGACUACCUCUACCUUGGGUCAGAGUUCAAUGCCUCAAACCUUGAGGAACUUACAGAGAACGGGGUGGACAACAUACUGAACAUCAGUCGUGAGGUGGACAAUUUUUUCCCAGAGAUUCUGAAGUAUAUGAACAUCAAAGAAUGGGACAAUGAGGAGGCAGACUUGUGUAAACACUGGGAUAAUACCAACAAGUUCAUUGGCAAAGCCAAAAGGGAGAAUUCUAAAGUAUUGGUCCAUUGUAAGAUGGGGAUUAGCAGAUCAGCCUCAACAGUGAUGGCAUUCCUGAUGAAGGAGUAUGACAUGUCCAGGCAGGAAGCUUUUGAUUUUGUGAAAGCCAAAAGGGCCUGUGUCAUGCCCAACCAGGCUUUCUGGGCGCAGCUAUUGAUAUAUGAAGGGAUACUCAAUGCAAGUAAACAAAGAGCAUUGUUUAAGAGUAAAUCAGAGCAGAACCUGAUUCGCACACCCAUUGUUGUGGAGAAGGAGGAGGAAGAGUUACUGAUGAAGAAUAGCCAAGGCUGUAAAGAUGACCUCUGUCUUCCUCUCCUACCCUCUUAUGAUGACAGUUUAUUUCUCCAGGAAAAGGACAAGGAUAUCAUAUUUGAUCUUGAGAGCAGUUCCCGUAGUGCUGACUCAACAGAAGAAUGUCUCGACCAUUCCUCACCCAAAGUUGACAAUAUCGUUAAAUCCACUGGGUAUGGUGUAUAUGUCAUUGAAAGCAAUAAGUUGUCACCUGGAGAUGGUCCUGACACAGAUUCCUCGUGUCUGUCAGACGAAGACUGCGAUGAGACAGAUACUGACAAUAUCUUUGGUAAACAUUCUCAGUUGGAGAAAAAUCAAUCUCAACAAGCAACAGCUGUCAAGUAUAAGCCAGACCGCAGUUGGAUUAAAGAACGUGCUGAGACAGUUGAUGAAUCUGAUGCAGUGGUGGGGUGUCCUGAGGAUGAAGAUCAUCUCAUACGGGAAACUAUAUCAGCCAUUCAUGGAGAAAGAACAGUAACUGCUGAACAACCUCAAAUUUCACCAUCAGAGAUAGUAUCCAAGGCAGGAGGGGACACUACUCUGUCCGAACUCCCACCUGACACUAAGCCAUCAGUUUCUGAUGACAUCACAGACAAUGGUGAUAUGGCUCCUUCUGGUGUGGAACUUGGUGUGCAUCACCAUUAUAUCAAAGAAAACAUCCCUUGGAAUCCAGGUACGGUGAAGAAACAAUUAGAGGACAUUGAGGGCAAGACAAAGGAAACAUCAGAUGACCCAGAAGCGGGAGAUGAUGGGGAAUUAAACAUGGAGCCAUUAGCGACUGACCUGAAGUUAUCUCCGGAUGUGAGUCCAAUUAAAGAUGUGACGCCUUCAGACCCUUCAACUGAUCAGGACAAAGUUGAGUCAGGAGAGGGUGUGAAGGCUCCCCUCAAACGAUCAGCAUCUGUGUAUGAGAUAGAGGAUAUCACACUCCCAGCAGGCAUUGUCAGAAAAACUACCCAGGAAAUAGAGGACCGUAGCUUACGAAGUGACAGUUCUCCUGAGAUUCCAAACAAACCUUUGCAGCGAUCAUCCAGUUUGAAGGACGAAAGGGUAACACCCAAACGGAAGCGUUCUGAGCGACGGAAAACCUGUACUCCAAUUGUUACGCCAAGCCCCACCCCCUCUACCACUCCUGUGACUACUCCACACUCAUCCUACGAUACAACACCUUGUAGUGAGAUAAAAGAAUUUGUUUUCCCAUUGAAUCAGAUGACGAAGAGUUCUGAUUCAGGGCAGAUAACUACAGUAUCACCUGACCCAGAGGGGACAAAUGAGAGUCCAGGGGAGAAUGUUGCUGUGUACAAGUUUGGUACUGAGGAAGUCCCUGUUGCUAAGGGCAUUGUCAAAAAGCAAAAAAUGGAUAUAGAACAAAAGACAAGGGAAAGAAACAUGUCAGAGGCUCGAACACCUGAUUCUGAAGAUGUAGAGGGAAAGAUUGUUUCUGGUAAAGCUGAUGAUACCAAAGACAAUUCUGGUGCUUUUAAGUGUAAAGCCACUGUGCCUACAUCUAUAGACAUUCCUAAAGUGAUUGAAACAGGAAGUGGAGGAAAUAUGAAUUCUGAAAAGGAUGAUAUUCAGACUUCUGUAAAAGGUGGUACUGUGUUUUCUACAUCACCUGUGUCUUCAAGAGACUCGGCGAGUCCCUCAUCUCCACUUCUGAGAAAGAAACAAAAGACAAGCAUUGACCUUGACAACAGCAGAAGAUUUGACUCUGAAACCUUGGAACUCAUUCGUGAAAUUGGUUCAGCAUUUCUCAAUAAUCCAGCAAAGACAGAAAAAGAGAAGGAGAUCAGUGAACAGGAAGCUGUAGAAGGGGGCAGUCUUGUGAAAUUCUUGGUGAGAAACAUUGAGAAAUCUACAAAUGUUACCAAGAAGUCCCAUAUGAAAGAAAUGGUGAUAAUAGAUAAAGACACUGCUUCAGCUCAGCAGGAAAAGAAAAAGAAGCUAUGGCGUUACAGCAGUCCAGCUGUGGAGCCACUAACACCACCAGGUGACCGACCUCGUGUCACCCAUUCACACAGUAGUCCUGCUCUGGACGUCCCUUGUAGACAUAAAGACGGGCAUGUAGUAGCUGGGAGUGUCACAACCCCGUCUUCAUCCCUCAGUAUUGAUCCCUCCCAAUUUGUAAAUACUGCUGUUCCCACCAAUACUCAAUCCACAACAACUGUGAUAGAAACCCACGAGGACAUUGCUGAGGGGAAGACAAAGGAGAAAGUGAAAGAUCUGGUAGGCAAGUUUGAGCUUACUGACCUGGUUAAGGACCCAGGAGUUAAAGGGGCCACGCCUACAGAGGAACCCCUCCCUAUGGUGUUAAAAGAAAAUGACAAUAGUAAACUUACAAAUAUGAAAUCCCCUGUCCCCUCUAAAGAUGAAAUUGAAAGAUUGCCAUGCCCAUGUUCCAGUGCUUCCGAGAGCUCAUCCACCACUCCAGGAGAGGAAGAAACCGAAGAUCAAUCAGUGUCCGAACAAUCAAUAAAACUGCGUCAACUAAGGCAGAAUCUACGCAAGACAAAUGAUCGACCUAAAUCUGCUGAACAUAUACAUAGGAGUAACAGUACCACAACAGGGGAGUCUGCCCCUCAGAGGCCACGCCUCAGACAUGCCAACACUCUCCCUAGUCCCACAGAACUGGGGCCAUCGACAUUUUCAUGGGAGGGUAAGAAAGUUAGAAAGUUACAUGGCAAGUCUCAUCCCUUGACAAAGCUGGAAACUAGGAGAGCAAGUCCAUUUUAUAACACUAUGUGAUUGUCUACCUAUAUGUUUUCCCACCAUGUAUGCAUGUUUGCUGUAGUUUGUGUGAUGUUGAUGAUUUCAAGGUUAUUUGUUGGUGAUAAUUGACCUUGUGAUAGCUAGGAAGGUCACAAAUGGGUGUUUGGUAUUGGCAGCGCUGGAUUUGUAUUAUAGGGCUGCACUCGGCUAGAUUCUAGUCAGUUCAACACUGUUUCACAUUCUGUUACAACAUUGUCUGUAUUAAAUUUUCAUCUGACAACCUUCUUUGUUUUCAAAUUUCUUUUCUUUAAAGAAAUAGAUGCACAUGUUCUUACUUGCCAAAGAUCUGUAAAAUAUGUUUCGAUAUUUUGAAAUAGAAUUACUUACAUAAGAGCCAGAUAGAAACUGUUAGACCAGUAUGUAUGUAGCAGAGUUACAACCUUUGAGUUGCAAACUCUGGCAGGAAUUUUCAAUAUAUCAGUUGUUCAGUGAAAGAAACUGUAGAAUUGAAGAAGCUUACAAAUUAGCUACCAGUGAGUUUACUUUCUCAGGUCAGUAUAAAAGUGUGCCUCUAACACUUCUGAAAACUAAUGAAGAAAAAAAGUAUUGCAGUAAAGGAAUGAUUAAGGCAAUGGCUUAAUAGAGCCACAUUGUAAUUCAGUUAAAAAAAAUCUAACUCGUCUAAAGAACUCUAGGCUUCGUUUAGAGCUACAACCGAUAGAAUUGAAAUGAUAACCUACUUUGAAGUUAUAGGUAGGAAACCAAAACAUGGCUUGUGAGGUCGUGAGGUCAAGUAGAUGUUUUAAUGGAACAUCUCUGGUAAUUUGUAGUGAUACAGUGUUGGACUGAUUAAAUCUUAACAGGUGACCAAAUCAACUUCUUCCAUUCCAUAACAUUAUCUACUUCAUCUCUUAUUAGAGCUUACAUUGCCAUAUAUAGUUGUAUAAUUGUAAUACUAUUAACUCUACAUUAAUGUAACAUUACUAAUACAAUGUAAUAGCAUUAUGCACUGCUGUAGAACUCAUUUUGUGACCUUGGAUUUUGAAAAAAAGUGAAGUAAGAGAAUCUACAUGUAUUUACAGCAAAUGAAGAUUGAAAGUGCUUUCAGUUCAGUGUUGAGUAUGUCUUGUUUAGAAGAUGAUCGAACUGUUGUUGGUUUCACUUAAUCCUCCGGAAAGCCAGGCUAAGAUCAAAGAGGAAUAUUUGGACCAUGUGAAACAAAUGAAAUCUUUGCCUCCGUUAAGGAUUUCAGAUUGUCAGAUUCUGAUGUUUUGCACAACAGUAAAUGUAGUUUCAUCAGUUUAAUGCAGGGCUAAACAGCUGAUAAUAUGAAUACAGUUGUGUCAGAAUUAAAACCAAAACAGUUUCAUAUUGUCAAGUAUUCAAUCAAUAUUAAUAUAACUUUGUACAGAUAUACAUAGAUCAAUAAUUCCCUUUCAUUUCAUCUGACCAAUAACAUGUUAACCAAAUAACACAACAUUAUUGUUCCAUUCAUGAUCAAUCUGCUCUACUCAACAGCACACCAGAAAAUGUUGGGUUUUUUUGUUAUUAUAAAGAAGAUGGUUUAUUUUCUUUUACAAACGUUAAUCAUUUAGAUGUCAACUCAGUAUGAAUUGUAAAACAAAGUUGAUUUUUUCUUUGUUUUCUUAAUUAGAUGUUCUCAGUAAUCUUUGUAAUGCAAUAACUCAACACAGGCGGAGGACUCUAUUUCAGAAGACAUCUGUGACUCAUCAUCAAUCCAUUAUACAUUCAUACUGAAACUUGCAAACGACUGAUAAUCAUUGAUCAGUAUGCAGUUUGAAUCAGAAAUACUUUUCCUAUAGAUUUGAACUGAUUUUCUGUAAGUGUCAGAGGUCAGGUAGAAACCCCUAGGCCCAUUGGUAUGUUGUUAAUUUACUGAUUUCAAAUGAAGGUUGAAUGAUUUUAUAUUAAAGGUAAAGAUCUGAUGUUUUCCUAAACAUUAUGAAAUAGACUCUACAUACUGUUUUCUGUAUUAAUAUGAAUUUUUAAACAUGUUUAAACAUAUGGGUAAGAGAGCACUUUAAAACUUAACAUAUAGUCUAUAGGACCAGUGAGUUAAAUACACAUGGCUGGAUGACUUCUUGUCUGUUAAGGAACAUAAAUAAAUCUAAAGUGUUUUUAUUUUACAACAAUUAGGAAAAAAGGUAUUUCAUUUGUUAAUUUUUUUAAGGUGAGGAGGCUUUCAUUACCAUAAUGUUAUCAGUAAAAACAGAAAAACCAAAACUUUAACUAAAAUAUGUUUAUUGAUCGUUUAUCAGAUCUUUUUCAUUUAGACUCUUCAAUGUUUUUCCAACCUACUGCAAAUGUAUUUAAUUUAACACUGUCAUAAUUUAGCACAUAAUCAUUUAUUGACAAAUUACCGCAAUGAUGAAUUUGUUCAUCCACAUUUGCUAUACAAACAACAUAUAGACACUGCAGUUUGCAAAAUCAUAUUUAAAACAUAAAAGUGAAAAAUGUUAAAUUAAGAUAACCCCUUACCCCUACAUGUACAUUACAGUAAUUAGCUGUCUUGUACACUAUUUGCGAACACACUGAUGGAAGAUGAUCGGAACACCAUAGUUCAGACAGGAUUUACAUUGCCAAGACCAUGGACAUAGAGAGUCAAUUGAAAAUAUAGCAUCAGAAAUGGCCUACGUCGUAUUUAUCAGGUUUAAUAAUAAAUAAAAAAGCAGGAUUGAAAUGUAUUCAAUUUUGACUGCACAUCAUAGAAAAAGUAAAACUGAAAUGAAUUUUAUAGUUUCAAAAAUUGUUUUAAUUGGUAUUAUGACCAAUUAUUCUUGUCACAAAAGGAGAUUUCUUGAUUUGUUGUUAAUCUGAAGUGGUGAUGUAGUAUAAACACCUUAGCAAUAGUCAACUGCAUUAACUUAACAACUUUAGUGUUUUGUUUGUUAAAUGUUUGUCAUUAUUUUGAAAUACUUCAUGAACUGUUUGCUCUUAAUUCUGUUGUAACAUGACUUUGUCAAUAGUUGUUGACUUUCAAUAAUUUCCGUUUGUUGUACAUGUCGUUUGAAUUACUGCAAUUCUUUCUAACAGAUUUGAAAUAUUCGUGAAUUAUUAUGAAUGAAACAUACUGAUAGUUAGAAUCCAUGUGAGAUACUAGUACCCGAUUCCUGUUUUAUUUUAACGAUGCCUUAUCCUAGAUCCAGCAUUAAGAAAUUGCCAUCGUAAUAGUAUUGUUAUAGUGAAAUAUCUGAUUGGCUUCUACCUGGUGUGGAAUAAUAGUAUGGAAUGGGUGUGUUUCAAUUGUUAUUUUUCUUUAAAUUUUUCACUUUGCAUAAAAAGUUAUAUAAUAACAUGAAUGAGCUAGUAUUUUCUAGAAGUGGAAAUCUUGAUCAAAGAUUAAGAAAUCAAUUGACCUUGUUUGUUGUUUUCACUUAUUCCUAUCCCUAAUAGUCAUGUAUUUCACGCUAUAGUUAGGGGUCAUUCCUUGAGUCACUGAUUUGGAAGGGAGGUCUGUAUUAGGUUUUAUUUGCCUGUAAAACCCAAUCAACUGUGAAAAAAAUAGCAUUUUGAGAGAUAUACAGGUUUACAAACAAGAACAGAGAUAUACAGGUUUACAAACAAGAACAGAGAUAUACAGGUUUACAAACAAGAACAGAGAUAUACAGGUUUACAAACAAGAACAGAGAUAUACAGGUUUACAAACAAGAACAGAGAUAUACAGGUUUACAAACAAGAACAGAGAUAUACAGGUUUGCAAACAAUAACAGAGAUAUACAGGUUUGCAAACAAGAACAGAGAUAUACAGGUUUACAAACAAGAACAGAGAUAUACAGGUUUACAAACAAGAACAGAGAUAUACAGGUUUACAAACAAGAACAGAGAUAUACAGGUUUACAAACAAGAACAGAGAUAUACAGGUUUACAAACAAGAACAGAGAUAUACAGGUUUACAAACACGAACAGAGAUAUACAGGUUUACAAACAAGAACAGAGAUAUACAGGUUUGCAAACAAUAACAGAGAUAUACAGGUUUGCAAACAAGAACAGAGACAUACAGGUUUACAAACAAGAACAGAGACAUACAGGUUUACAAACAAGAACAGAGAUAUACAGGUUUACAAACACGAACAGAGAUAUACAGGUUUACAAACAAGAACAGAGAUAUACAGGUUUACAAACAAGAACAGAGAUGUACAGGUAUACCACGAAGAAUAGAGAUGUACAGGUUUACCACGAAGAAUAUCCUGUUGGCUUGAAUGUUCACACAACUAAUGAUACAUACAAUUAUUCCUUCUAAUCUAUUCUAAAGAUUUGGGACAUAGCAACAAAUUGUGCUGUCUGUCUAUUUGGCACCUUCUCCACUUUUCAAAAUAUUAUUUGGCCAAAAAACCAAAAAAAUGUCCCAUCGAAAUGACUGAUAAAUUCUAAUUUCUUGAAAGUCCCAUGGACAAGUGUUUAACUUCCGUUACCUUCAAGAAACAUUACCUAAAAGAGUGAUGAUGUCUUGUACCAUAUCCACAUUUUGGUAGCACAUGUCACACCAGGACUCUUCUUCUGAGCAAAUCUUCAGCUCAUCAAAAUGUGUCUAUAGAAACAUAAUAUCUUACUUAACAUUAAAGUCCCAUUAUCAUCAAUAUUACGUGUGAAACCUUUGAAUUUGCUUGAUUGUUGUAGCUUCGACACUUCAUUACUUCCUUUCUGCUAAUUACAUGUACAGUUUAGUAGAGAUCAGUGCUGAGUGAUUGAAAGAGAUCAGAGGGUAGAUAUUUUGUACAAAUUAAUUGUUUUGCUCUGUUUUAUUGAAUGACGUUUUAAUGGCAUUUUGUUUUUGUUUUUGUUUAGUUUUUUAAAAGACUCCAUUACAGUUCUGGAUGUUACAUACACUAUGUAAAUGUACUCACAAUCUCAUUGGUACACAUAAAAUGUCAGGCUUCUGCAAAGCUUUUGUGAUAAUAUUGUAAGAAAAGAUCAUAUUUGUGGCCGAAGUUCAGCACAUCUAAGUAACCAUGGGGAACCACAACAUGGUUUGAAGAGUUUCCUUGGUUACCUUAGAAACUGGACUUCUCAUAUCUCUGCUGGUCAGACCCUUGUAAUCAGGGGAUAUUCGUCAUCUUUAUCAUCUUUGCCGACUUUUAAUGGUAGAUAAGGAAAUUCAUCAUAAAAAGAGUCCCUCAUUGGAUCUAGAAUGAAGUCUGUUUUUUAAUGCUGACAUCUGGAAGUGGGUGGUAUUCACAUUCAGUAAUAACUGUUAUUUAUUGAUGAAAAGUACUUCUUUAACGCCUUCUCGUGGUUUUAUUUAAUAUUACAUAAUACCAACAAAAUUAUGUAUAUUUUUGCAUAUAAUAUUAGCUGUCAUCAGGUGCUUCAAUUGUGCAAUUAGUGGAAUAUUUAUAACUUGUGGCAGUUUUGUAAAAGUAAAUUUACAUUUAAUUAAUAAAAAUGUAAUUAACAUAUAA